UCGUCACUUGUCCGCGACAGCCGGUUUCCAUGGAGACAGGCCGCCUCGGACCGAAACACCGGGUGGAAGGAAGGCUCUUCCGGACAACAUGAAGGGGAAAGGAAAAAACAAAGGCAAAGGGGCGAAAGGCGGGAAGGGGAAGAAGGCAGGCGGCCCCGGGAGCAGCCGGGCGGAUUCGAAGCCCUUGAAGGAGGAGUCGGAGGCCGACCGGGCUAAAGCGGCGCUGGCGUUAUGGGAGGCCAGGCUGGAGGUGACGGAGAUAUCCCGCAAGGAAUACCGCGAAGCCGCGCGCCGCCUGGCUCGGAACAACGAGGAGCUGGACCGGCAGCGGCGGCGGCUGGAGAAGGACACGGUCGACGUGAUGAGUUUCCUCAAAAAGCAGGACGCCGAAAAGGAAGAAAUGAUUGAGAAGCUGAAGCUGCAGGUGCAUGAAUUGAAAGAAAAAGCCAAAGAAGAGAAUGAACAACUGGCUGCACAGUAUGUCAAACAGCUGGAAGAGAUGGAAGAGAAAUUCAACAAAAAGGCCAGAGAAAUCGGUAUAAUCCAAAUUGAGCUGAAAAUGAUAAAGGAAUUUCGUAAAAAGAAGGCACUUUUGGAGAAUGAACUUGAAGGACUAAAAGAUGCCCUGGAUACCACAAAAAAAGAACACCAGGAAACAAUCAGCAUGUUGGAGAGGAAAUUCCUUGAAGAAAAGCAACGCCUUGAAAGAGAAGCAGAAAAGAAGAUUAUAAUGUUGGCAGAAAGAGCCCACCAUGAAGCCAUUGCGCAAUUGGACAAUGCUGGAAAAGCUGUUUUUACAGAGAAUGUUCGUCUUCAUGAGGCCCUUGGAUACCACAUGAAGGAAACAGAAGAGUUGCAGAAGAUGAAGCAAAAACUGGAAGAGGACAAUGCUUUUCUCUUGCAGGAGAAGGAGACAAAUGACCUUUUGGUUCAGGAAAAGAUCUUGCAAAUUACUCAGCAGAAAGCACUAAUCCAGGAACUGCAAAAUAGGCUGAAAAAACUGGAAGUUGCUGUUAAUCACAUGGCCAGAGAAUUUAAAUCAGAAGUUGAAAAUACACAACAAAGAGCUUUAGUGCAGAAUCAAGCAGGUCGGACAGAAAUUGAAAAGCUGCAACAUCUGUUGGAGAUGAAAGAUAGAGAGAUAAGCAGAGUGAAGAAAUUGGCCAGGAAUAUCUUGGAUCAAAGGACCGAGGUAGAAAAUUUCUUUUUAGAUGCUCUGCAACAGGUGAAACAGGAGAUCAUAACCAGCAGGAAGUGUUAUAAACAGGUGGCCCAAGCUGCAUACCAGAGAAGAAUGAUGGCGGCAUUUGCAGGGAAAGAAGAAUAUCCCAAAAUCAGGACCUUUAAUGACAAUGGGCACAGCACAAAUAGUGUGCAAAUGGACCUUAUGGAAGCAGAAAAAUGGACAAAUAUUCAGAAAGGGAAAGUCGACAUAUCUGAAUUAACCUGGGAGCAGAAGGAGAGUGUACUGCGGUUGCUGUUUGCAAAAAUGAAUGGCCUAAGACAACGGAAAUAUGCUCAAGCUUUGGUUCCCAUGACACCAUCCAGUUUUCAUUUUGAUGAAACAAAAGCUGGCACGGAUGGAACUAUUCCUGUCUACGCUUUUAUUACACAACAGGUACCACUGUCAGAAUCAACUUCUCAAAGAAGAUCAUCAGUCCUUCCAGAUAUUCAGGUUAUACCACCCUCACAAGAUUGACUGUUUAUCAGGGAACAACUGAAAUAGUGAAUGCUUCUUUUUUACAUUUCCCCCUUGAAGUCUCUAAGGCAGAUAAAACUGCUGUAACAAAAUUGUAGACUUCAUUCGUAUAGAUCACAAUAUAUUUGUACUUAAAUUCUUUCAAAUUAACUUGAAAGAUAACUGCAUUCUUUUUUAAAAAAAAGAAGAAAACUAAUACAUUUCUUCCAAAAUGGAAGCCUUCUCAUUGGCUAUGUUUACUUCACCUGUUCACUUUAAAAAUCUUGUAUUGGUGGAUAGUGUAUUCUGGUGUUUAAAAAGGCUGGAAAAAACACAUUUGAAGCAUGUAAAAGCAUUUUCAAAACACCAAGCUCUAUGCAAUAGAAAAUGAUAUUGUUCCCUCAUCACAUAGGGAUGUUCAGAUGUAACCCCAAAUAUCUGAUUUAGUCGUAUAUGGAUGGGAUUACUUACCAGAUGUUUGUUUGUUUAUUUAUUUAUUUAUUUCUUAUUUAGUUAGGAGUACAGAAACUUUUAUUUUCCUCUAAAUGCAGUAUGGAACCAGUUAUCCAUGCCUCACAGUUAGGUUGCAUCUUGAGUAAUGCAGUGUACAUGGGAUUCCUUUUAAAGGUGGUCCAGGAGCUAUCAUUGCUACAAAACAGACAAA